AGAAGAAUCGGUUCAAUGAUUGACUAAGCUAUCAAAAUUUUUCAUUGAUCGGUUUGAGCAGCAAGUUUAUUAUUUUAAAGGAGUUCUUAGUGAUCAAGCCUACUAAUUUCGAAUAUCACUAGCAAAUAUUAAAGUUAUCAAUAUUGAUCAAUUUUGAAAUUUAAAACAUGUCAGAAAUGACGAAAUGAAUAUGUUAUUAAUGACAUAUGUGUUCGAAGCAAUAAAAUUUUAAAAUAAACAUGUCUGUUUCCUCAUAUAAGAUAUGCCUUGUGUUAUGUUUAGUUUUUUUGCCUUUUUCUUCAUGUAUUGAGCCCAUAACCACGGGUCUUAGUGUAGCUAUCGGAGCAUUGGUUUCUUCUGUUUAUUAUGGUAUUUAUAUCAAAAUGCCUUGGCAGGAAAAAUGCGGCCAGAAAUGGAAUAAUUUUACUGCUACUGAUCUUGACUCCAAUCUUAAAAAGCAUUUAUUUGGCCAACAUCUUGUAGCAUCAACAGUUACUAAUGCAGUUAGAGCUCACAUUAUGAGAAAAGAGCCAAAAAAAGCACUAUCUAUGGCAUUUCAUGGUUGGACAGGUGGUGGUAAGAACUUUGUUGCUAAAAUUCUGGCUGAUACUUUGUAUGAAGAAGGUUCAAAGAGUGAUUUUGUUCACUGGUACAUUGCUACGAGAGAUUUCCCUCACGCUGAAGAUACAAAAAAAUAUAGAGAAAGACUACUAAGGGAAAUUGCUGAGUAUACAAAAAAAUGUGGGCAAUCUUUGUUCAUUUUUGAUGAAGUAGAUAAAAUGCACCCUGGUCUGAUUGAUGGAUUGAAGCCCUUUCUUGAUUUUUAUGAGGAUAUUGAUGGUAUUGAUUAUAGAAGGAACAUUUUUGUAUUUCUGAGUAAUGCAGGUGGAAGCGAGAUUACUAAAGUGGCUUUAAACUUUUGGUUGGAAGGUAAAGAAAGAGAAGACAUAGUUAUGAAGGAUAUAGAGCCUUUGGUCAACAAAGGAGCAUUUAACGAAAAGGGUUAGUCUUUUGUUUCUACU